AUGGAUAUUGCCGACAUUAAGGUUAGGGUUCUUUAUGACUUCGAGUACAAGACUAGAGAAAAUAAGUGUGUAUCAAUUAAAGAAGGCGAGAAAUUACUGUUGUUGAAAAAAACUAAUGAUGAUUGGUGGCAAGUUAUACGUAAUUCAGGCCGGCCAUUUUAUGUUCCAGCUACCUUUGUUAAAGAAAUUCCACGAGCUCCUAGCAGGCCUAGUUUAUCCAAAGGCGAGGAGAAAAUUAAAAUAGAAAAACCACAAGUACUAAAACGUACCAUUUUUGAAAAACCUUCCACUCCGUCCUAUGAGAACAUUCCUUUAGAAAAUACAACUGUUGUAAGUGUAAAUGACUCAAAUGAGUACAUCAAUCUUGUUGAUGAUGUAACCAGUGAUAUUAAGCGAGUCGAUAUUCAAAACGAAAACAAUAUAUUAUCACCAAUGGUAAACCGAAGAAAUAAAACUGUGGUUACAGUUAACCAAGAAAAUUCUGGUUAUUGUCAAGUGAAUGUAAAAAAAUGUGAUACUAAGGAACAGCUUUCAUUGCAAUUGUCUAGCUCUUUAGAAGAACUUGCUCAAGAAAUUGAGUUAAAGUCCAUGCCUUUGAACAAAAACUCAACCACUUGUCAGCCAUCUACUGUUACAAAUAAGGUACAAAACUUACUAGACAAUCUUCGCAAGCCUUCCAUAGUGUCAGUUAAAAAUUCAACAGACAUUGAAACGCCUGAUAUAAGCAAUCAUGGACAAACUCUUAAAAACAAACUUUGUUAUACUGGUAGCUUUAAAACAAAACACGAACGUGAUAAAUGGGCUAAAAAUAUUAUGACUAAUGGAAAUAUUAUUGAAGAAAAUAAACCAGAUGAUGAAGAAUCAAUUAUGAUGAGUGAUUCUGUUGUCUCAAAAUCAAUAUCUACACCUGAUGCUCACAGUACUAGUGCAGAUCUCACAGGUGGUUCUACUGAUAGUCUUUUAGAUGGAGAUUCAUUAGGUAUUACUGAUAGUGAUCAAGAUUCAUUGAGGAUGCAUGGAUCAAGAAAACGGACAUCUUUAGCCAGAAAUCGUAGAGUAAGAAUAAUUCUUCCAUUUCCUAAAGAAUUGUUUUAUUUAAUUUUUAUUUUACAUUGAAAUUAAAUAUCUACCCACUUUUAUUGCAAUAUUUAAAUUGGAGUUUGGUAAAAUGUUUGGAUUUUGAAUAUUUUUAUAACACUCAAUAGGGACAUAAGAGCUACAGAUAUUGUUAAAAAUUAUCAAUUUAGAGUACCAAUUUUUUCAAAAAGCAUUACAUUCAUGAUUGAGUUGUGAGAAUAUGACUGUAAAUCUUGUAUUUUAAGGAAAUCUUAUUUAAAAACUAAAUAUUUCAAUAAUAAUUGUACCUAUUCUAAAAUAUUUUCAAAUAAAUUAAUUUUCUCUGGUUGCAUAUUUUACAAAAAAAGAAAACUGUUAUAAUAUGCUAAUAAUAAUUAAUAUCUUGUUUAUUGUGUAACUUAAUUUUUUUAAAUAGAUACAAUAAUACAUUAAAAUAGAUUAAAAAACUGUUAGCUUAACAUAUUUAAACUUAAACGAUUAAAAAAUAAACAUACUUAUGUGUAAAGCCAAUAUUGGAGAUCUAUUUUAUUUACUAUAUAUUUUGUUUUUAAUGUUGAAACCACAUGUACAUUAAUUAUUUCAUACACACAAAUAAUAGAUUAGGUUGUAUUGUUAAUAUAUUUGUGUGUUUUAAAAUAGGUAUUAAGAUAUUACUAUUCUAAUAUGUCAAGUGCCAUAAAGAUUAAAAUAAUAUAAUAAAAUGCUUUUCAAAAAUUACUUUAUCUCAUAUAAAUCUAUACCAAACCAAAUACCAAAAGCUAUGUAUACCAAACAUAUUUGGAUAGUGUUAAUACAAAAUAGGGUUCAAGUUGAAAAACUAAGAACAUUAUUGACUUGAGCAACUUUUCACAAACUAAAUUUAAUUAGGUAUCAUAAUUUGUGAUGAAAUACAUACAUCAAUAGCUUGACAAAAUUUGUUCAAACUAGUGGUACCAGUAGACACGGUACAAAAUUGUAUACUAAACGUUAAUAUGAAAUAUGCACAAAUUAAGCUCUUUUAAAGAAGUAAUCUUAGGUAAUCUUAAGCUCUUUUGUACAAACACCGUCCAUUUAAUUUAAAAUUAAUAAUCCACCAAAGUAUUAAAAAUGUAUCUAAACUACCUAAUGGAGAAAUAAUGUAAUAUUUUAAGAUAAUUUUAAGAUUAAUAUUAGUUGCUAAUUAACUAGAUGGUUAAAUACAAGUUUUCUUGGUAUAAGUUAUAAACAAUAUUUUGAUAAUUAUUUAUCUAAUAUUAUAAAGUAUACAAUAGUACUUUAACCUAGUAUAAUAUUCUGACCAAUUUUUUUUUGUCAGUGAAUACGAUUUUGAUCUAAAGACUCUGGUCAAAAAUAUAAUAAAUAGUUAAGUUAGGUUUCUGGUUGUAUUUUGGAUUUAGAUGGUACUUGAAGAUAAGGUUAUUUUAAAACAUUCCUUAUUACAUUUCUUAUCAACAAGGAAAAACAUGCAAACUAUGCAACACCUUAACAAAACAAACAGACAUACUUUGCAUGAUGGGUGGGCAUUAUUGUAGAUGAGAAGUUUGGAAAGUAGAGAAGAAAUUUAUUGUAUAUCUGUAUGCCUUUUCAUUGCUAGUGAAAAACGAUUUUGAACGGAGUUCAAUUAUACAUGUUUUGAAAAGCCGUUAUAUAUUUAUGAUUUAAAAAAUUAAUUUCGUAAACUUUCUUGGUUUUUCCCAUUUAUUAUGAAAACUCCCGAGAAAAUGACCCCUUGAUAGUAAAAUUUUCCUUCAGAAAAAGUACCAAUCUUGAAAUUCGGAGAAAAAUUUCUUGUAGAAAAGUUAUUAUUUUUUUAUGUAACUUAUAAAAUAUAUGAAAUAUUGAAGCCCAUUAGUUAAAUAUUAUUCAAUAGUUUUUUUUUUUCUUAGCAUAAUCAAUUUUGUCCAUGGUUUUUUCACUUAUAAUUUCCAUUAUGUGUUAAACCGAUUGUCUAAUGAAAAAAAACUCAGAAAAACAGUAUUCACCUAAAUUUAAUUAACCGUGAAAAUAUAUUCUAUUAUUUUCUCUUGAAGUUAUUUUUUCUUAUAAAAUGCACUGACCCAAAUGUUAUUUCAUUUACACUUGAUUUCAGUUAAUUAUUUAUUAUUUGCAUGAAUUGUCAGUAAUUAUACUUUAUGUCUUAUGUUUUAGGUAGAUUCCUAUUCUAAAAGGUAUCCAUUAAGGAAUGCUUCUUCACCAGUUCCUGAUAUUACACUAGGUCAUGGUGAACAUUUAUUUGGUUCAUGGUAUAAGUAUUCAAUUGAAGAUGGUAAUAAAGUAUUUUAUUACAAUUCCAAAACAUUUGAACGAACCUGGUCUUCUCCCAAACGCCGUUUAAUUGAUGUAUGCUAUGGAUUUUAUAUUAAUUACCAGGAUUUGGAACUUAAAUAGCAUUAUAAAAUGAUUAAAAAAUAUUAAAAUAAGUUUAAAAGAAAAUCACUUUCAAUAUAUAUAUUUAAAUUUGUAACAUGACUCAAAUUUCUAUAGCACUUUUCUGGAUUUAAUGUCAAACAAAAAAAUUUAACAAAUGCUAUAAGUCUCAAACCCUGAUUAUUACUUAUUUAUUUAUCCUUAGACAACUUAAAUGUAUUAUUUAAUAAUUUGUAUUUCACUCAUAAUAUAGGAAGAUAAGAUAAGUCGCCAUAGUAGCGCUGGAACAAUUAAUUCAGGUAGCCAAAGUCAAAGUUCAUCACCAUUGGCUGAAUUAGAUGAAGAAUAUGAACCUAAUGAUAAUACUCCACCACUUAAAACUAAAGUUAAACCUCUUUCUGAAACACCUGUAGGAUGGAUAAUGCAAGCGGAUCCAACCUCUGGAUUACCAUGUUUUGUAAAUCGGUCAACUGGAGCAAAGGUAAAAAAAAAGUUAAAUACUGUAUAUUUUAAAUAUUAGUAAUUAAUAAUUAGUACUUUUUUUUUAAGUACUAUAAAUUAAUUUUUGUAGUAAGUUAAAAUUAAAUAACUUAAUGUAUAAAAUACAGACUAGAAAAUUAACAAACAUUGGUCUUAUGUAUAGGUGCCCGGAGAGAGAUAAAGCAGAUCAUUUUUCCCUCCUUUUUAAAAUCAAUCACUAGAUGUAAAUAUAAAAUUUCCAAAAAAAAUAUAGGUGGAUUAUAGUUCAAGGGGAAAAAAAUACUAACAAAUUAAAUGUAUUUUUUUUUCUUUUCUUUAUUGAUUACAGGGUUAAAUGUUGAAAAGCAAAUCAUUUUAGACCAUAAAUAAUAUUUAUAAACCUAUUUUUUUUGUUAACUAAGUUUUUGUGUGAGUAUUGAGACAAAAAGUUAUAAUAAACAAUUGACCAUUUCCAGUUUCACUCAUUCUGAGCUGAAGAUAGUUUCAAAUCUGAUUUAUAGAUGAAGUUAGGUAUGAUCAACCUUGACAAUAGAGUUGUUCUGUAAAACUGUCCUUAAAUUCAGUUACUCAAACAUUGUGUUUCUGUCACAAAUUACAUACAUCGUUCAACUACCUGUGUGUGAACAUGGGAAUGUCUAGAAUGUUACAUCCCAAUUUAGUGACUGAAUCACUUUGAAUAUCUUUGUAAUCACUUUUAAUCUUAUUUUUAUUGAUAUCUUUUAACAAUAAGGGCAAAGUUAAAUCGCACAGUACAUUCAGUUAGUUAUUUUCUAAAAAUCUUAAACUUAGUAACUGAAUUUUAAAAGUAUAAAUGUUCUGAUAGUUUUUCUUUUUUCAGUUCUGAUCUGUCUUGCCAUUAGAAUUCAUCAAAUUUUGCAUUCUUUUAUGUAUUUUGUAUAAUCGUAUGUCAUGGUUAACUAUGAACAUAAAACAUUUAGUUAAACAAUUAAAACAAUAAAACAAUUUAAUUAUUCAUUAAACAAUUGGUUAAUUUUUAUGUUUUUAAUUCGUAAAUUGGUUCAUAAAUAAAAUGUUCUUCCACUCCUCCCUAUCUAUAGAUAAAGAAUUACACAAUUUGAAUAAUAUGAUUAAAUUUACAUUUAAUGGAUGCAUAAAAAAAGUUUAAACAUUGUCGUAUUUAUUCAUCAUAUAUUUUAAUUACAUUUUUGAAAAAUAAAUAGCGGUUUUAACUAACAUGGUAGUUUUUCUACUAUUCAUGGUCAUGAAUCAACAAAUGUUAAGAUAAUAUUUAUUUGAAAAAAAAUUUACAUAUUUAAAGUUGUCAUCCCAUAAAAAUAAAAACUAAAUUGAACUAUUACAGUUUUAAAUAAACAUAAGUUUAAAAAUGUAAUUAUUGGUAAAAGUUACAGAUUUGAAUAGUUGAGUUUUGAAUUUAUAUUAAAUUUAUAUAAAUAAGAGUUUAAAGAAAAUUAUAACAUAUAUUAUUAAACGAUUAAAAUAAUUAUAUUUUAAAAUUACCGCAAAGGUAGGUUUACAUAGAUCACAUACGAUUGAACGACUGUAUCAAAACUAUAAUGUUGGCACAUUCAACUAUUUGUUGGUGACAUUUUAGUCGGAAACUUAAUAAAGAGAACAAAUAAAAUGGCAUCAAAUUCUGUAAUAAAUGUUGGCGUAUUAUUAAUUUCUAAUUUAAUAUGUAGUAUUAUAGAUAGAUAACAUAGGCAUGGUAGUACAGGGCAAAUCAUUUGAAGAAAUAGAACAUACAUCAGUAAAGACAUCGCAAAAAUUAAAAAAUAUUUCUAAUAUUUGCAACUCACUAAUGCAAACAAGUCAGCUGCAAUUGCUUUUUAUCUAAAUAACUUCUUGUUGCAUGGAAAAAAAAUCAAGCCUUCCAGUAUACGAGGCAAAGAUAUAACCGUCACCUAGACAAAAAGCUCUAGGAACUCUUUGAACUCGUGUUACUGAAUCAACCAUAGAGUCUCAAUAGUUGUUGGAAAGAUUUCUAAGUAAGGAACACUGAUUAAAGACCCAACUAGAAACCUUUAGGACACAAUUUUUCUUACACACUAUGGACAGCAUUGAAUAGAAUAAGAACUAUCCAUGGUAGGUGUAAUCACUUACUCCAUAAAUAGCUUAAGAUUGAGUCACUUCUCUGUGAUCCUAAAAAUACUUAAACACUAAGGCAAGUAUUAGGCAUAAUAGACAUGUUUGUUUUUGUAAAAAAGGAUAUAUAAUUUAAAUAAAUAUAUACCUAUAUAUUAUAUUUUAUAUAAGUUAAAAAAACACAUAAUUUUGAAAAAUUAACAUAAUAAAUAGGUAUUAAUUUAAGUAAACAAUGAUAAUAAUAUUAUUAAGGGCUAAUGUGAUCUAUUUACAUAGCUAUAGCAUAUUCUAUAACUCAUAAAUAUAUAGAGCUUAUAAAUUAAUGUCUUGGUUUUGUAUCCAUUUGACUGCAUCUUAAUUAGUUUUACUAUUUAUGUAUAUAAUAUAAAUAACUUGCAAAAUAAUUGGCUGUGUGAAUAUAAUUUAUGGUGCCUUUGAAUAUAUGAAUCAUGCAUUCAGUUAUUAUGUGAGAUUAUUUGUGAUUCAUAUCCUGAUCAAAUACUGAUCAUAAAGGAGUAUAAUGCACCUUCCAUGGCCAGUCUGCAAAUGAUUUAAGGUCAUAGUCUCUCCUCAAAUGGUGAGAGAUCAAUUUUGGUCCAUUCUUAUAUGAGAGCUUGUUCUCUUCAGAUCUUUGGAAGAGCGAUAUUGUUUAUUAUUGAUAGCCAUUUUAAAAGGAGUCGAUUUUAAUGUUCCCUCUACAAUCCAAAGUUGUUUUUAUCAUGAGAUGUACCAUGCAGAUUUCAACUCCACGUAUCAUCAUCAGGGAGCACCUAAAUUUAUAUCUUCUGAAUGUCCAUCCACAACAGUGGCCUAUCUGUAGUACGAAUUAUGUAAAAAAUAUGUUCCCUCCCAUGAGAUUUUAACCAUAUCUGUGAGUUUCAAUUUACUAUAUUAUUGAAGAAUAACUUUAUUAAACUUAUAUUCUAUAGUGUGAAGAAUGUCAAUAAUGUAUUUUUAUGAGAUUGAAAUCUAUUAUUCGAGUUUCAGCUUCUUAUCUCAUGGGUUUAUACAUUUUGUGAAUGCCCGCCAUCAGUCUAUCUGUGGUACAUAGUAGGUAUGUCAAAAAUAUAUUUUUUUAAGGUUACACCCUUUCUGUAAGUUUUAGUUAAUUUUCUCAUCCGAGGUACCUUAAUCAAACUUGUCCCGAAUUCCAAUUCAUUACAGUGGCUAAACUGAGGUGUGAAGUUUGUAAAUAAUUUAUUUAUAUGUGAUUUUUACCCAUUCUGUGUCUAAGUUUUUUAACUCAUAGGGAAGUAAUUUAAUUUAUAUCUUUUACGGAUGCUCACAGAAGUAUGCCUAACUCGAAAAUGUAAUUUCUUGAAGUUUACACAUUUCAUGUGAGUUUCUGCUCAUCAUCUUAUUGGGGAGUAAUUCAUCACCUUUUAGCAAAUACUCAGCCACAACAGUGACUUACCCAGGAGUGUAUUUUUGGAAGGAUUGAUGGGGGCAAUCACUUUCCUCCUGGAUCUGUAUUUAUGCAACUAUUUAGUAUUUUAGUAUAUUGAUUUUAUAUAGGUAGGAUAUAUUGAAAAAAAGAAGUUUAAAAUUGGAAGUACUUAAUAUAUUUUUUUAAAAAAAAAAAAUUAUUUUCAUGAUUUAUAAAAUUACUAGUUUAUCAGAAUACUAUGGUUGAAAAAUAUUUAGUUUAUUUCAAUUAUACAAUAAUGAUAAGCAGAUAAGAUUAACCACAGAACAAUGUAAUAUUCGGUAACAAAAAAAAAUCCCCAAAAUCAACUUAUAUAUCAAAAGCUCUUAGCGGGCCUAAAGUUUAUAAACAUAUUAAAUUUUAUAGAUAUUUUUAUAUUUUUUAUUUAUUUGGUCGUUAUAGCUCAUUUCUUGCACUGUUUCGCUUAAAUAUAAUAUAUUAUAAUGAUUCAUGUGUACGCGAUAACGACUUUGGAUAUUACACACAUUUUUAGAUUAAUAUAUAAGUAUAAGAUUACACUAUUUGGUAUGUUAUUAUAUCAAACAAAUAUUUAUAGGUAUAAAGAAAUAAAAUGUGAAAUUGAGAAAAUAAAUGUUAGAUUAUUAUUUACUUUUUAUUAUUAUUAAUAUAGCAAUCCUUUUACAGUUAGUAAUUCUCCAGUUCCUAUAGAGUAAUUUUCUAACUUUGAUCUGUGUGACUAUGCGAAAUUGAAAUUAUUAAAUCGAUCCGAGGAAAGAAUAAAAUAUGUUUAAAUGGUUAUACUUAUGUAUAUCAAAAGGACUGUAAGUUUUUCAUUAGAUGAAAGUGUGUAAAAUAUUGUUUGUAUAAAUGUUGAGCUAUUUUAAAAACCUCUCUUCAAAUUGAAAAUCCAAAGGAGAUCCACAAACACAACUGGGGAUAAAAUGAAGGUAAAAUAAGCAUUGCAGAUUUUUUGGCAGUUGUGUUCAACAAUAUAAGAAAACAAACUGAUUUAAAAAAAUAUAUAUUUAUUGUUUUUAUUUUUAUUAUUAUUUACUGACUGACUAUAAUAUUAAGUAUAUAAUAUAAUAAUAUAUUAUUAUAACGAUGCAUAUAUUUUUUAUUUUUUUUAUCACUUAAAUACUAAAUAGUUGAGUUGUGGAUUUUUUUUCCUAGAUUCAUAAUAUUCCUAUAUUAAUAUCAACAACUGUUUUGUUUAAUGAUAAAACAUCGAAAACAGCCCACUCCGCAUUGCGCAAAAUUUCUUCAUGGGAGGAUGUAUUAAAAAAUUCUUUAAUUAUCUGUAAAUAAAAUAUUAAGUAUAUUUACAUGCAUUUUUCAUAAAUUUUAUAAAAACAUGAUGACAGCUAUAUAUUUAAAUUAAUAGGUAUUUAUUAAGAUAUUUAUUUAUUAUUAAGGAAUACAAUAUGAUUAUUGAUAAUGAUAUCAAAAAAAGCAGUACAUUAUCAUUCUCAUUUUGUAUAUUAUAUUGUUUAACAUAUUUAGAUUCUGAAUGUAUUGGUUUUACUAAGAUGUUUAUUUUGCUUUUUUUUAUAUACUAUGUUCAAAAAUUCUACCAGAAAUAUUGCUCCGAUAUAUAUGCGCGGCACCAUUUCUGAAAGGGUAAUGUUGUCCAGAUGGUAUUUUUGGGAGGUCAUUUUUUGAUUUUUCAAGAGGUUUUCAUAAUAUCUGAGAAAACUAAGGAUUUUUGUUUUUAUUGUAACUUUGUAAAAAAAAUAGUUACAACAAUUACAGUUGAAUUAAAUUUGAUUAAAGGAUAAAAAUAAUUAUUAAGGUAAUAAACAAAAUUUUUAUUGUUCAUACAUAAUGAGUCCAAUUAAAACAAAUAAAAUGAAGUUGAAAUAUGAUUAGGCACAAUAGAUGCAAUAAGAAAUAUAAUAAUUAGGUAGACAAUCAAAAAUAAAUACUGUGGACUAAAGAAAACCAUAAGAUGUUAGAAAAACGAGAAAUUUAGCAAUUUUACUAAAUGGAAAUUUCACUAAGGAAAUACUUUAGAUAAGUCAUUUUUUGAUUUUCUCAAGAGUUUUUCAGGCAAAUGUGAAAAACCGUGAUAAAACAUGGGGAAAUCGGUAAAAUAUUGAAAGCCUAUGUAAUUGUUUUACUAUAAUAUGACAUAUUGUUGAUAAAGCAUCAGGUAUAUUGCCGAUUUAAAAACGAUUGUGAAGUCAGAAUUAAUAGGAGUUUUAACAGGGAAUAAAUAAAGUCGUACCUUGUAGUUAAAAAAUAAAAUUUGAGUUUAAUGUAGUAUUUUUUUUUGUUAUAAAUAUUUCAAUAUCAAAUUUUGAAGAUCAACGAACAUUUUACGGCAUUUCAAAACAUGUAUAACUGAACUUCGCUCCGAAUCUUUUUUCGUUACAUAUAAAUGUAAAUUAAAUUCCCCUCUAUACCCUACAAUCGCAACUUCUUACCUACAACAAUGGCCCACCCAUCGUGCAAAGAAUGUUAGUUUUUUUAUAUAUAUACACUUGCUAGUUGGGACCUAUAAUGAUAAUAUUAUUAUAAACUGAAAUUAUAACAAAAAUAAAAAUAUGUCUGUUUGUAAAUUAUAAAUAAUAAUUUGAUUUUAUAAAUUUAGAAUAAGGUCUACAAUAAAUAUCAAUUAUAGAAAUUACUAACCAGUGUGGUAGUGUCCUUCAAGAAUUUAUUUUUUUAUAUUAAUAUUACGAUGGUUGAUAUGGUUGUUAUUAUCAAUUAUAAUAUCUACGUAUCUAACUACAAAAUAUUCAUUUUUUACAAUGUUAUAAUUCCGUGCUAGUACCUAUUUUUUUAUAUAUAUAGUGUAUUUCAUUUAGAAUGUAUUAAAUAAUACUAUCGGUAUACUUCAAGCUUCUGAAUCCUGGCUCUUCGUGGUAUAGAAUAUUAACUACGCAGUUGUCGAUCGAAUACAAAUCAUUAAAACCUAUGUUAUAGUAUUUAUGUGAUAUAAGCAUAGAUAAUAAUUUAAUAUAGUGUAUACUAUCUAUGCAUAUAGGUACUAUUUUAUGUUAAUUUUGAUGAUUUUAUAGCUAACCUAGUUGACGUAAAUUAUAUUUGUAGUGACUUCUAUUUCCGUAAUUAAAAAUUGUAAAAAAAAAAAAAAUAAUUAUAUCCUACAAAAAUUGAUUGAUUGAUUUUGCUUAUUAAACUAAUGUCAUAAAUUAUAAUAUACGAGUAUAUUAUUAUUAUUUUGUGCUACGGGUUACUAAAUUAAAAUUAAUGAUAAUAUCUAUGAAAUGAUUAUGUUAUUGUGAUAACUUAUUGAGCAGUGUGUUACACUCAUUGCUAAUAGCUUUAAUGUUCUGUACAGACAUGUAUACAGAGUGAUCAAUAUCUCACUAGACACUCAUUAUCUGGGAAAGUAUUUAAUAUUUAUCAAUUAAGUUUUUCGGAAUUUUCUUUUCAGAAAAUUGAUUAUAGAUUCGAUUUUCAAAUGUUACAUAGAUUAUAUUUUUUACCCUAAAUUUGACAAUGAAUCCUACAUUUAAUACGAACUUGUUAUUUUUAAAUAAUUUAUAUUAAAAAUUAAGGUAUUUUUAGAACGUUUUAAUUGAAAUACAUUUUGGUGUUUACAUUAAUCGACGCAUUAAUCUGUUUGCGUGAUAAUGUUAUUUUAUCAUUAGCACUAACAUAACAAUUACUAAAGCUGAAAGCUAAAACUACUAAAGCUGAAAUUGGUAUAUCUCGUCAGCUUAUAGAUUGAAAUUAAAAAAGUUAACGAAAACAAUUAUUUCAAUUAGAAUGUUGUUGUUAAAUUACAUUUUCAAUUUAAAUCGCCAUUUAAGAAUCAAAAAUAAAUUGUUGAAUUUUUAAGCCUUAAAACACUACGAGAUAAUAAAUUUUCUACGGAAGAUAUUAAUCACUCUGUAUAGUUUAAAUUUUUUGAAGUUGAUUUUAUACAAAUAUGCUACUUUAAGAAAUGUAUAAUAUAUAUAUAUUAUAUUUUAAUACAAAUACUUAAAUAAAAAAAAUAGGAUUUAUAUUUUAAUAGCAUAUUUUUAAAGGUUGUGAAUAUUUUAGUUUUUUUAAUAAUAUAGGUUAAGGUAUGACAUUUAAAUGCCAGCAAGUUCGUUCUAGCUACAGCCAAUAACACGCAUUACAGAUCUAUUUUAAACAGUUCUCAGACACCAUAUAUAAGCACGCAUAUUGCUCAUGUAAAGUGGUGUUCAGUAGUUGCCCAGUUUUAAUUGUAUGAUGUCAUAAAAGAUAAUAAAUAAACGUUGCACUUGAAUAGAUGUCAACAUGUGUCAAUUAGUUUUAUGCUAUCUCUCAAACGUGUUGGUUUUCUUUGUAUCACCCCAUGGAAGCGGACGUAGUUAGGUGGUUACAAUGCUUACGGUACACGGUGGCCGAAGAGUUGGAACCAUGGAAUUUAUUUACUGUGUACAAUGAAUCCGUAUUAGAUUCGACUAUUGAUACUUUAUUCGAUUUUGACUCUACUACCAGUGUUUCGGAUUUUGAAUAUUAUAGUAUGGACCAGCUUAAUGAGAGGUUUUCAAUUGUAGUUGAUAAUGAUAAAAAAAAAACCCCAGUUCCAAUGAUGUGUCCACAAAAUGACAUUUGUGUUUCAUUUAAACCUAAGUGGUAUGAUGUAAUGGUUUGGAAAAAUGAGUUAAUGGAUCAUGCUUUGGAUGAGACUUCGUCUGAAGAUGAACAGGUGUUGAUAGAUUACGCAAUGGUUUUUCUUAAUGCAAAAAACGAUUUAAUUUGUUUACCUACUUAAAUAAAAAAAAAUAUUAAUACCUAUUUAAAAUCUAUUAUUUAUAUGACCUACAUUAUAAAUGUUUUAAAACUACAAAUUAUAUUAAAUAACGGUACAUAAACUUUUUUUAGUGGUUUUCAUCAAAAGAUUUUGAAGGUCGUUCAUAUUACUUUGAAGAAAAUAGUAAUGAAUCUUCUUGGACAUUGCCUGAAACAAGUAAUAGCAAUACAUCUAAUGCUAGCCCAUCAUCUCUAAAAGUUGAUUUAGAAGAAUCUUCUUCAUUAAAAUCAAACAAGAGUAACAGUGAAAAAAAUGAUUCUUCCAACUUGAAGUAAUUUAUUUAUUUUAUUAGUUUUUAUCAAUAUAUAAUUUGUGUUUAUAUGUAUAUUAACUUUUUACAUUGUAUAUUUAUUGUAUUUAUUUAAUUAAUAGAAGCUCAUCAUUGCUUCAAGUAAAUAUUCCUCGAAAUUGGCCUCAGUUAUGGGAUGGUCAUAUGGUAAUUAUUAAAUUUUCUUAGUUUUAUUCUUUUUUCUUUUUUUUUAAAUUAAUUUUACAACUAUUUUUGUAGUGUGUAUUAAAAGAAGGUCCUAUAAAUCGGACAAAAAUGACUGAAAAUGGUAAACGGCUGCGAAAAAAUUGGACAACUUCACAUGUAGUACUUACUGAACUAUUUUUACUUUUUUUUAAAGACGCUAAAUCAUUUUUAGCAAUGGUAAAAUAUUAAAUUCUAUUAGUUGAAUUCUUGGAUUACAUAUAUUAAUAAAUAUAUUUGUUUAAUAGAAAAAUGGUAAUGGCCGGCCAGAACUUUGUGUAGAUUUAAAUGGUGCUUUGGUUCAUCCAGCUGAUAAAGUAUCCAGCCGUAAAAAUGUGUAUGUUAUCAGUACUGUUCUAGGAACUCAAGUAUUGUUUCAAAAUGAAUGUAAUAUUCAAGCUCAGUCAUGGCUAUAUGCAAUUCAAGCAGCUAUUUCCAACUUGGUAAGAAAUUUUACUAGGAUUUAGUAGAUUAUUAUUAUUGUUAUUAUGAAUAAUAUGUGUGAAAUAAUUUUAAUUUUUGUUUUAUAGCCUUGUACUUUUGACAGUUUUCCUCGAAUUCCAAGCAUUCAUAACAAUGACUCGCUUGAAACUGAAAAAAAAAAUAAACUUAAUAGAAACAAAUCCAUUAAAUGUAAGUUGUAAUUUAAUAAUUAUGUGUGGCAAAUUUUUUAUGACACACUAGUUAAUUUAUUAUAUGUACUCAUAUCCUGUGAAGGGUCUAGAUAUUGAAACAGGAAAAACAGUUGAGUUUAUCAAUUGAGUUUAAUAAAUAUUACUUAAUAUCAUUUUUCAUUCAGUGAUUACAUGUUAAAUCUAUUUUAUUUUAAAAACAGUAGUGAUAUUUAAAAUUGUAGUAUAUUAUAUCUGUAAUUUAGUUAAAAAAAAAAAAUGAUUAGGUCAUGGUUUUAUUUAGCUAUUGAUAAUUUUAAAACUAUUUUUUCACUAGUAAAAGAUGGAGGGAGUAUGGAAGAUUUAACAUCAACUAAUGUAGAGCGUCAGACGAAAAUAAAAGCACGCCUACGUAAAUUUUUUCAUCGAAGACCUACAAUUGAAUCACUAGUCAAAAAAGGGAUAUGGAAAAGUAUUAUUUACUCAUAAUUUAUUUAAUAAUAAUUUUAUUAAAUGAUAAUUUUUUUAAUUAGAUGAGUCUGCAUUUGGAUGUUUCUUAGAAGAGGUGGCUGGUACAGAUCAACCACGUAUCCCAGCUUUUGUACAGCGUUGUGUCGCAGCUAUUGAAAGCAGUGAAGAAAAUUUAAAAACUGAUGGCUUAUACCGAGCAUCAGGUAAUUUAUCUCAAGUGCAAAAGAUAAGACUACAAGUGGAUCAAAACAAUCUGUCAGUGAUUGACCAGGAGGAAGAUGUUCAUGUAUUAACUGGCGCUCUUAAGCUAUUUUUCAGAGAACUAAAAGAACCACUAAUACCUUAUCAUGCUUUUCGUAAAGCUAUAUCAGCAGGAAGUAAGUGUAAAAUAUCAUUAACUAUUCAAAAAUAUUAAUUUAUGUGGUUAAUGUGAUAAUUGCAAUCAAACAGUUAUUUUUAUUUUUACUUUAUACUAAUAAUAAGAUACUUUAACAAAAGUAUUUGGUUUAUAGUCAGUGGUAUUUCCAUAUGUGUACUCUCAAAUAGUUACUGAAAAAAAAGAAUUUAUGAUAUAUAAAUACAUAUUUAUAUUAUUUAAUUUCUGUAAUAUUAAUAUAUAUCUUUAUCUACAAACGGUUUAAAGUAUAAACCAUAAAAAAAUAUUAAUUAACAGGGAAAUUAACCCUGUGUAUUGCACAGGAUAUUUGAUAAUAUAAUAUCUUAAAAAAAUUGAGUUUUCCUCUGUUUAUAAUAUAUUAUUUUUUAAAAAAUACCUAAUUUUUUUUUAGCAAGUCAUAUUCGCAAAGACAAAUUGUUAUAUUUCCGUGACAUCACAAAAUCAUUACCUGGACACAAUUAUGACACACUAAAAUUCUUACUUAAACAUUUGCUAAAGUAAUAUAAAAUAGUUAUAUUAUAUAAUCGGAUAUUUUGUAUUAAUGCUAUUGUGUAUUUAGAGUAACAAGUUACAAAGAAUUCAAUCGGAUGCACAUACCAAAUCUAGCUAUUGUUUUUGGGCCUACCCUCAUGUGGCCAGAAACUGAAUCAACAAACAUGGCUAUUGACCUGAUGCAACAAAAUAUGGUGAUCGAGGCACUUUUAGUUGACUUUGAUAAUAUAUUCAGAUAA